AUGGCGGAGCGUCUCCGUGGUGGGAACUACAGGAAGUUGGUGGUGACAGAGAGUGGGCACCCGAUCAAGAGGCAGUUUUGGGUGACUCUCAUGAACAGGACUAAAGAGCUCGAGCCCGACCAUGUAGAUGCGUACAUGAUGACGCUGAGGCAUAGGCUGGUGAGCGGUACAGACCUGCUUCAGGACAUCGAUCACAGGAGCCAUAUCAUAUUGGAUGCGGAAUUCUUCACUUAUUUGGAUAGAGAAUACAAUGAGCUUAUGGCGAAUGCGCGCCGUAUGUUUAGCUCUCCUUCAGAGCAGCGUUUUAUAAACUCUGAGGCAAUUGUGAUGGGGUGGCAGUCGCACGCCAACCGUAUGUAUUCAGUGUAUGGCAGGGGUACCUCAUCGAGUCAGGGAGAUUGGAUGGAUGCCAUUGCGGUCAUUGUUCCUGUGUUUGUCCUUCAGCGUUUCGUUAUCUGUAGCAUUGAUAUGCUCACGGGUAAAUGCCGCGUCUUUGAUCCGAACUUGUAUCGGAUCCUGGCACAGGAACGCCACGACAUGCUGCGCGCUCUUGCUCCUUUGGGCCUCCUUUUCUACCGGGUGCUUGAGGUGUCCCUUUGGUUCGAGCGGACACGCAUUGUGGAGAACCCGAGACAGAAUCUCGAAUGGCGUCAGCUCCAGAUCGAGUAUGCCGAUCCUGCCGAGCAGUUCACACAGGCUGACCGAUGGAGCUCUGGUGUUUUCGCGUGCAUGGCUGUAGAGCGUUUGAUCGCAGACUCGCCGAGCCUGUCAUGGGGCAAUGACCAUGUUCAGGAGUAUAGGCACAAGAUAGGCAGUGCCAUCUAUGAGUUCUGCACGACCCCCAAUACACUUUGA